UACGCCCUCCUACAUGCCUGUGAGACUCCAUUCUUUAGGGAGUGGAAAAUAAACAGAGCUCACCGAAUGAGGAAAACAAUACUUACUACUCACUAUUUAUGUUUUUUGUCUUUGGAAUCAUUCCCUCUUAAGGUUAGGGCACAAAGGACAUCUGGAAAGCCAUGGAUCUGUGCAAUAAAUUGCCUUUGAUGUGUUCCCUUUUCAUUGUACUUUCCUUCACUCUACACAUUUUUACCAGUCCAGCACCUGUACAUAAUGCAAAGGAAACAACCAGGCAGAGAAUACCAAGAAAAUACCAAAAAGAUACAACACAACAGGCAAACAACUCAUAUAAUUAUUCAACUAUUAAUGCCAGCAUAAACAGUUCAAGUACCAGCUCAACAAUUCCAAACCAGCAUAACAGUACAAACAGUACAGUCUAUAACAGCACACAGCACAACUCACCGAUGCCCAGCCCAACAGCAGAGAUUACAACACAUCAGAUAAACGCAUCUGCCACUAAAGCAAACUUUGCAACACAGUCUGCUUCUGAUCCCACAAGAACAACAAUCUCAACAACACUCAUCCUUCCAGUAUCCACUGUGCAUGGCAGUAAUGAAAGCACAUCCAAGUCCACUUCUACAUUCUUUACCACAGAAAUGGCUAUUGGCAACAAAACAAACAAUGAAACGGCAGGUGCUGGUCUAAAUCACUCAGAAAUUUCCCUGACCAUUUUGUUUAGUGUAGUACUUGGUGUGAUAGUUCUAAUAAUUCUGGGGCUAUCUGUCUACAAAAUGACCAGGAGCAAAGGAGCUCAGUAUUCUCAUCGUCCUCUUCACAAUGAAGAAACAGGUGGGCAGUUCACAAUAACAGAUGAUACCCUAGUAAUUUCAGGAGGGCUCUAUGAUGGACCUCGGAUCUACAACUCCACAGUAACAGCACUUAACGAAGACCCACCAUUUACCUACACACCUACUCAAUUCAGACUGGAGUUUUUGCAUGAGGAUCAUAUUCCUGAAGCUUCCCCCUUCAAAACCACUGACCAAGAGCCUUAGCAAAUCAGUCUUGUAUGUUAACACUGAAAAGAGCUGAGCAGUUGAUCUUUCUGCCCAUUUCUAUUCCUGCCACAACGGUGCACCAAAGGUUAGCUUACCAACAGUGUUCACUUCAUGCUGCAAUGAAUAUAAGAAUUCAUAAAAUGCUGCUUUAUGCUGCCAGACAUUUAUCAUGCAUAUGUUAUAAAGAAACUGUCAACUGUAGAAACAAAAUAUUGGUAAAGUACUCCUCUGACAGUGCAAAUUUAACACCACCAAAAUGAGAAAGAAUCAACUUGUUAAAACCCUUUAUAAGAAAAAAUAGGAGAAGGAUGAAUUAAAGGGACAUUUUAUUAUCAUAAUACAUCAUAUGUGGCUUCAUGGUUGUAAAAUGAUAAUGAUAAUUUUUUUAUGAGAAGUAUUAUGAUAUAUUUAUUUUUAUUUUUUUUAAAAGCAAUUCUCUUGAAACAGAUAAUCUAAUGUGUACUGAAACGUAAAAAUGUCAUUUUACAUAUAGUGUCGUAAAAAAGUCUUUAAAUAUGAGUUAUAAUUUUGUCAUGUUGAACAUUCAUGUAAUGAAUGUAGCGAACAUUCAAAUUCUAUAACAUAAAAGUUGUGUAA